AAUCCUACGAUGGAAGCAGCAAAGAGAGAAGCAAGAGAGAUGAGUCAGUUGGCACAUCUAGUAGCUUAGAGUUGAGAGGUUCCUCUAAUGACUUUACGGUGAACAAUAGAGAGAAGCAAUCCAGUGGAGAUUUCAAUCGUGCCUCUACUCUAACAGAAAGUGCAUCUCCAAGCAGUUUGUUAUCAACCUCGACGCAAAUGCAUGGCAGUGGAUUAAUCUCAUCAAGAAAAGACUCUCUACAACCUACUACCAGGAUGGCAGAGUCUACUCACCAAAGUGGUGAACUUAGAAGAGGAGGUAGCAGCAUCUUGCAGAAGCCAACUUUGUCUAACAGUUAUUUGUUUAGUUCUCCGGACACAUCAUCUCGACCUUCUGAAUCUUCGGAUGAUUACGGUGCAACCUCUUACUCUGCUAAAAAUGAAGCAACUGUGAAGAGGAAUCGUCCAUCUUUCCUUGAUUCCCUUAAUAUUUCAAGAGCUUCCGAGACUCAGUAUCAACACCCUGAGAUUCAUGAAACAUCAAGUGGUUCCCAUUUAACUGUCGGUGAUGAGUCAGGACCAUCUUCACUCCAGUAUAUAUCAGGAAAGAGCGACAGUAACGGUCCGUCAUCUGAUUCUCCUUAUCCAUAUGACAAUUUCAGGAGUCCUUCGUUUCCUGUUGCCAAUGGAGUAAUGCCAGGUUUCACUGAUUACUCCAUCCCAAAGCAAAAUGAUGAUUUUAGUUCUCUGGAACAGGUACUUUUCUUAUAUUCUUGCCCUUCUUUUCUUUU